AUGGAGGAAAGACCAGAAACAGAGCUUAUUUCAAUACCAGCAACACCGCGUGCAUCAACACCUGAGAUUCUAACACCGUCAGGUCAAAGAUCACCAAGGGGUGGUGGAGGACAUACAUCUACUGGUGCAUCAAAAGAUGCUAAGUCAUGGACACCAACGUCAUUUAUUUCACCUAGGUUUUUGAGCCCUAUUGGGACUCCAAUGAAAAGGGUGUUGGUUAAUAUGAAGGGUUAUUUGGAAGAAGUUGGGCAUUUGACUAAGCUUAACCCUCAAGAUGCUUGGCUUCCAAUUACUGAAUCUAGAAAUGGCAAUGCUCAUUAUGCUGCUUUUCAUAAUCUUAAUGCUGGUAUUGGGUUUCAAGCUUUGGUCUUGCCUGUUGCUUUCUCUUUUCUUGGAUGGAGCUGGGGAAUAAUUUCCUUAACUAUAGCUUAUUUCUGGCAACUCUAUACAUUAUGGAUCCUUGUUCAGCUGCAUGAAGCAGUACCUGGAAAAAGAUACAAUAGAUAUGUGGAACUUGCGCAAGCAGCAUUUGGUGAAAGACUGGGUGUUUGGCUUGCUCUCUUCCCUACUGUUUACCUAUCUGCAGGAACUGCAACAGCAUUGAUUCUCGUAGGAGGAGAAACCAUGAAGCUGUUCUUUCAAAUUGUUUGUGGUCCUCUCUGUUCAUCGAAUCCUUUAACAACUGUGGAGUGGUAUCUGGUUUUCACUUCCCUCUGCAUUGUUCUGUCCCAGCUCCCGAACCUGAAUUCCAUCGCUGGACUCUCCCUCGUUGGAGCAGUGACAGCCAUCACAUACGCCACUAUGGCAUGGGUCCUUUCUGUUAGCCAACCACGACCACCUUCCAUUUCAUAUGAACCCAUUUCUUUGCCUUCCUAUUCAGCUUCUCUCUUUUCGGUCUUGAAUGCCAUGGGUAUUAUAGCAUUUACCUUUAGAGGACACAAUUUAGUUCUUGAAAUUCAGUCAACAAUGCCGUCAACGUUCAAGCACCCAGCUCAUGUGCCAAUGUGGAAGGGAGCAAAAGUUGCUUAUUUCUUCAUAGCCUUGUGCCUGUUCCCUAUUGCCAUUGGAGGCUUCUGGGCUUAUGGAAGCCUUAUGCCAUCUGGAGGAAUGCUAAGUGCACUAUACGCCUUCCACAUUCACGAUAUUCCAAGAGGACUUCUCGCCAUGACAUUUCUCUUAGUCGUAUUCAACUGCUUGAGUAGCUUCCAGAUAUACUCAAUGCCAGCAUUCGACAGUUUUGAAGCUGGAUACACUAGCCGCACCAACAAACCAUGCUCAAUUUGGGUCCGUUCUGGUUUCAGAAUAUUUUUCGGAUUUGUUUCAUUCUUUAUUGGAGUGGCACUUCCGUUCCUGUCAAGUCUUGCUGGAUUGUUAGGAGGACUCACACUUCCGGUAACAUUUGCUUAUCCUUGCUUCAUGUGGGUUCUCAUAAAGAAGCCUACAAAGUACAGCUUUAAUUGGUAUUUCAACUGGAUCCUUGGAUGGUUAGGAGUUGCUUUUAGCUUGGCCUUUUCGAUCGGAGGAAUUUGGAGUAUGGUCACUAAUGGACUUAAACUCAGGUUCUUUAAGCCCAACUAAGAGAUAGAUCAUGAAUAAAAAAGCGCGCUUUGGUAUGUAAACUUGAAUUUGCUAGUAGUAGUUUGUAAUGUGUGUUUCUAUUCUAGGCUUGAGAAAAGGUGAAGUGGAGAAACAACGCGUUCGUGCGUGUGUGUUGGUUGGUUCGGAGGAAGGAAUAGGAAUAUGUAUAAAGCCAUAGGUACAAACAUGUUCUUGUUUUCUACCUUUGGAAUUUGGUGUUGUAUGCCUUAUGAAAUCGUUCGAAAUUCACAUUUUAUAGAAACUAGAAUGUUUGCAGGAUGAUUCAGUUUUCAACUUGUUAAUGCACUAGGUCAUGUUC